AUGGAAGUAAGCGUCUCUCAUUUACAGCCAUCCAUUGUAAAAUUUAAAUAUGAUUUUGAUGAUGAAUAUUCCAAACUAGAUACCGAAAUCAAAACAAGAUCCAAGCGUAACUCCAGACAAACUUCUACAAGCAAUGGCACCGUAUUCUCUGAGCAGUCAUUAAAAAUAGUGUACACAGAGCCAUUUCCGAUAAGUAAAGCCUUACGCGCUGAUUUAAUAGAACUGUGUCGAAAGGAAGCUAUUCCCAACUUCUACCAUGACUUCUAUAACUCUUUAAUAUGCGAUUCAGAUAAUCACUUAACGGAACUGCAAGAAAACGAUAUCGAUGAUGAUGAUUAG